AUGGUCUCAUCUUACCCGCCCGUCGUCCCGUCGCCCGCAACAGUACGGACAGCCCUGCGCGCAGCAGCUGCACGCAGCCCGUCCCGCCCACUUGCAGCUCGUCCCGCUCGUGCGCAGUCCGCCCCGCACUGCGCGCAGCCUGUCUCGUCCCGCGCGCAACCCGUCCCAUCCCGCGUGCAGCCCGUCGCGUCGCGUCCCGCGCGCAGCAGCCUUUGCUCGCGCACAGACCAUCAGCGCCGCGCGGCACCCCUUCCCGCCCUUUGCAGCAGCCCGUCCUACCCGCGCGCUGCCCUGUCCCCACGCCCUUCUCCCUGCCUCGUCCCCUCACCGCCUGCUGCCCCGGCGAUUCCUGCUGCCCGGCGCUGCCCCACCCUGCACCCGCGCGCGUCCCGCACGCCCCGCACCACGCACAGCGGCUGCAACCUUGUUCGCCCCACCUGCUAG